AUGCUGUGUUUACUUUCAAAAUCAAGACCUGUCUAUAUUAUACCAGUGUUUCGACGAUUUACAGUUCUGUUUGAGCACUCACGCAAUUAUCAAACACGCAUCCAAAAAUUACAUGAUGAUGGGAUCGAUUUGAAACACCAAUCAUAUGAAACCGAUCCCAUUGAACAUACUCGACGAUGUACAUUGUACAAAAAUCAUGACAUUUGGACAUUGUAUAAAACAAUUUGUCCAAAUGCACGAACACUCGGUGACGCUUUAUAUGAAGGUUGUGCUACUUCAAACGAUGGUCCUUGUGUAGGUAUUGUACAACCAUUGAACAGCACAGAACCAAUAAAAUGGCUGUCCUAUUCGACAGUAAUUGAACGCAGUCGUAUCAUCGGUUCAUAUUUAUGGACAGUUGGAAAACUGACACCAAUGAAGUCAAGAGUAGCCAUUGUUUCAGCGAAUCGACCUGAAUAUCUAUUCGUUCAACAGGGAUGCUCUAUGUAUGGAUUUACUCUGGUAAAUCUCUAUACCAGCUAUGAUUCUGCGACUAUUAUGAGUCUACUUGAUCGAACUAAAACCGACGUACUUGUUGUGGAAAACAUCGAACGUAUUAAAUCAUUUGAAGAUGAGCUAUUAAAAAAUGAACAAAUUAAACAGAUCAUUGUGAUGGAUGAUAUAGACUGCAACAAACAUGAUAAAAUACGAAGCAUCUCAUCAAUCUUAAAAACGAUCACAAAAUAUGAUAUACGUGAAAGACCGACCAUCGACCCAGAAAGUAUUGCAACAUUCAUUAUGACAAGUGGAACAACAGGUGACCCUAAAAUUGUAAUGCUAUCACAUGAAAAUCAUUUGGCAGCAUCGAAAGGAAAUCUUCUUCGUGUAGAACAGGCUAACAUAAAUGAAGUCGUUGCAAAGCGGCAUUGUUCAAUAUUACCUAUGGCUCACAUAUUCGAGCAAUUUAUUCUUCUGGGACUCUUUCUACGCGGUAGACAAGUGGUAUUUUGUCCAUCAACAGACAAAAUUGUUGAGUAUAUGUCUAUUGUAAAACCCACUAAACUUACACUUGUACCUCGCAUUCUCUACAAAGUUUACGAUAAGGUCAUGGCUGAAGUUACUAAAAGUAAAUUAAAAUAUUACCUUGUUCAAAAAGCAUUAAACAGGGAAGACGCGUGGUGGUUAUCUCGCUUGGUUUUUCGUAAAGUAAAAAAAUUAUUCGGUGGUGAAGUAAAAGCGAUAUUUGUUGGAUCGGCACCUAUUACAUCGGAUGUUUUGCAUUUUUUCCGUAUUGCACUCGAUACACCGAUCAUGACCGGAUAUGGACAAACAGAGUCGACAGCUUGUGCCAAUCUUACCCACCCGGUGGAUAUGUCUUCUGACACAGUUGGCUCACCUGUUGUCACUGUCGAACUUAAAUUGAUCGAUGUGCCAAAUACAAGUUAUCGAAGCGACAUGAAUCAAGGAGAAAUAUGUAUUCGAGGUCCGGUCAUCUUUAAAGGUUAUUACAAUGAUGAAGAAAAAAGCCGUGAAGCAAUCGAUAAAGAUGGUUGGUUACAUACAGGAGAUGUUGGCGAAUGGACAAGUAAUGGAGCGCUACGUAUUAUAGAUCGUACAAAACAUAUAUUCAAGUUGAAUCAAGGUAUAUAUAUUGCCCCAGAACGUCUUGAAAAUAUUUAUAGUCGUUCUCAAUGGAUUGCACAAAUUUUCGUCGAUGGAAUUUCCACAGAAGCAACAGUAGUAGCAAUUGUUAUUCCAGAUGAAGAGUAUGUACGAAAAAAUUUCGAAUCAGCGCACGCAACCAUGCCAUUCUCAGAACUUUGCAAAGACGAAAAAUUGAAACAGAUCAUAUUAAAUGAUUUAAAUCGCUUAGCAAAAGACAAUCAGUUUAAAUAUUUUGAAACAAUCAGCAAUAUUUAUAUUCAAUCUGAGUCAUUCUCACUCGAAAAUGGUCUACUUACUACUACGCUCAAAACACGCCGAAAUAAUGUUCGAAAACAAUUUCAGACAAUCAUUCAAUCACUUUACAAUGUUGAUAAAAAGGCAAAAGCAUGA